UGUCGAGCGGAGCCCGGAGGCGGGAGCGACCGCGGAGGAUCCCACUCCACGUCAAGUUGGAAGCGUAGCGCGACGCCUCACCGGACCGGCACGCUCCGACCGCUCGCUCUACGCCCCGCGCGGGAAACUACGCACACGCAUUUUCAGAACAUUCUGAAAACUAACGCUCUCAGUGAAAACUACGCCGAGUUCCUCCACCUCCUUGGAUUUCUAUAAUGUUCAGUGUUUGUGACGUACACCUAAGCAGACGAACAAAUUAAUUACCAAGUUUGAUAAGGAUGUGUGUUGGAGACAUUUCAGUGUUAAUAAGUGAAAGUAAUUUACAUAAUCGUAGAAUAUUAUGUUAGUUUAAUUAUGAGGGAAGUAAAAGCUGGAAAUAUGAAGAAGAGGAAUCACAGUCAGACGUCGGAAAAGCCGAAGGGAAAACGGAGGAAAUUCCGAGACUAUGCGGAGAAGUUGGCGAGGGUCGCUAGGGAAGAAGCCAGGCCAGAACAAACACAAGAGCCACCACCGACAAUAUAUUUCCCGGGCACUUGCGGCCUUCAGUCAUGCGGCAAGGAAGCAGCGUGCAUGCCGUACAACAGUACCACGCACUACUGCCGCUGCACUUCCAACGGUCUGCCUGCUACCGAAGACUUCAAAUGCCCCAGAAGCACAGUUCCCGUGACUCUGAAGCCCAUAUUGAAUGUGAUCCCUCCGAGACCGUCGAAUGCCUCAGACACACGGUACCUGUCGUCAGCGCCCACCGCACAAGUGUCCAAAUCUUCAAGCAGUGGAGAAAUAUUCGCAGAAUCUACGACUGGGAACGGCUCACUAAUAGAUACGGGUAUGAGUGCCGGCGUGGGUACUUUAAUAGCCGUCACAGUUUCGGGGGCCGUAACUUUAAUAUUACUCGUCUCCAUCAUCCUACUGUACCUCAAAAAGAGAAUAUGUCGUGUGGAUGGGAAAACACAACCUCGUGUGCGACCGGGAGAGCCUCUGCUUGCUGAAAGGUAUAUAACGAACCCGCAGUAUGGAGUCUACGGAGCGGGCAACGUGCCGGUGCCAGGCACUCCAGGAGUUAUGGACACUGAUGAUACCAACAAAUCCCAGGUCCAACUUCUAGACAGAAACGCCCUUACAUUCCUCGAAGAGGUUGGUGAAGGAUGCUUUGGCAAAGUCCACAAAGGACUUCUUAGGACUACCACUGACGAACAAGUAGUGGCCAUUAAAGUACUAAAGGAAAGUGCAGGUCGCAAUGCCGAAGAAGACUUUGUGAGGGAAGUCUCCAUAAUGUCUGCAUUUAGGCAUCCCAAUAUUCUUGCUCUAGUUGGAGUUGUAUACAGAGAUGACAUCAAUGCAAGUCCCUGGAUGGUUUUCGAAUAUAUGGAGUGGGGCGACCUGGCCGGCGUGCUAAGAGGCUCCCGCGGAGGAGGCAGGCCGGGGCCAAUACUAGAUGAACAUGCUUUACUACAUGUAGCACUACAGAUAGCACGAGGUAUGCAGUACCUCGCUUCACGGAGAUUCGUUCAUCGAGAUCUUGCGGCGAGGAAUUGUCUCGUUGGUGCAAAUCUCACAGUGAAAAUAGCAGACUUUGGUAUGUCACGAGAUGUUUACACUUGUGAUUACUAUAAAAUGGGCGGCGAACGACCCAUGCCCGUACGGUGGAUGUCACCGGAAAGUAUUGUAUACGCUCGGUUCACGCACGAGUCCGACGUGUGGUCGUACGGCGUAGUGCUGUGGGAAAUAUACAGCAGAGGCAAACAACCCUUCUAUGGGCAAAACAACGACGGCGCUACCAAAUUAAUUUUAAGAGGUAUAGUGCUAGUGCCUCCCGAGGACUGUCCCCGCUUCGCUGGUGACUUAAUGCGUGCAUGUUGGAAGGCUGAUCCUCGAGAUAGAAUAGGUUUCGAUGAAAUAUGUAGAAAAUUAGAGGAUGCAGCAGCGGGUGGUCAGGCAAUGCAGGUGCGACUACCGCGACCUCCGCCUCCACCACAAGACUCCACAGGGUACUUGAUUCCGAAGAAGCAGUUGCCAGUAGACUACCUGAAGCUGUCAUUGCCGACGCCUGAGGAUCACGCCGAGAUGGAGGCCGCGUUCGAGUCGAGCGAGGACGAGGACGAGGACGAGGAGUACACCUGACAGUCGGCGCGGCGGCCGGCCUCGCAGUACGUGGCGCGCUCCUCGCCCUCGGCUCUCUCCUGCACAUUCCGUUCACAGACUAGCGACUUCUCACAGUUUCAGUGUUAACUCCGAGUUUGGUUGACACGUUGGAAGUGACUUCGAUGAAGCUGGGAAUGUAACUUCGAUAGAGUCAAAUACUCAAUUACCUACCUAAGUGUGAUAUUUUUCAUAAUAAUAAUAGCUAUUGUACAUCUUCGAACCUUAACUUGCUAUAGAGGUUGAUUGUACGUCUCUAUGAUAUUUAAAUUGUGUUGUGUAUUUAACGGAUAUCUUAGUUGAUAAGUAAAUCUGUGUGCCAUAUGCCAAAAAUAAAAGUACGUACCUAAUGUAAGAAGAUAGAACAAUUUAUGUAUACCAUAAUAGUUUUAUGUAUUUAAUAAACAAUCUGAACUUGUCCACUUUCGUAUUGAUAGAUUUUUACGAAAAACAAACGCCUACCGAUAGGAAACAAUGUUUCGUUGCUAAAAUGUACCUACCUAAAGUACCUAUGUUAGAGGUGUUGACUGAAAUUUGUAUCUGUCGAUAAAAUAUACAUGUGUGUGUUUACAACGAUCGUUAUAAGUAAUUAAGCAUUUAGUAAUACAUAUUUUGUAGUUAGACAUUUAUCCUAGUCCUAGACUAUGUUUUAAAUUUUUGUGAAUAUUUGAAUAACAGUUCAAGUUUUAGAAAUACAGUGUCUAAAGGCAGAAACAAACAAGCAUGUCGUGGCUUCUUUGUAAACUAUUUUAAUUUAAUUAAUAUGUACCUACAGAGUGUUGAACACUAGUUUGCUUUACGUUUAUUGAAAUCAAAACGUUAACGCGUCCAGCGCUCUAAUUGGUUGGUUUAUUGAAGCAGACAAAACUCGUACUAAGUCCUCAAGUCUAUCAGAUGAUUGACUGUAGAGAGUCUGAUUUUGACUGCGUUGAGAUCUGACUGAAAUGAUCUGUAGAGAGGUCAAUUUUCAAUCCCGAAAAACCUACACGACUACUACUCAAAACACUCUUCAUCGUGCGCGUCAAUCCCUAGACAUAAUUACUAUACCAAACGCAAAUAUAAGUUUUUCGAAUGUUAGGUUGCCCGCCAGUGGACUUUACGGUACAACUGUAGUACAAAGGUACAUGAUAAAUAAAAAUGAAAAGCUCUCAGUAUGAUUGAUUAAGUAGGUAGUAAUCAUUAUUAUUUGCAAUUAUGGCUAUAACCGCUUUCCCGCGGCAGGACGAUUUGCCCUUAAUGAUUAUAAAAAUAUAGAGUUAAAUAUCAUUACCUAUUCUAGUGGAUUUCAAAAUAUUGUAUGGAUAAUACUGUACCUAAAUAACGCCUUUACGCAUAAUAUCAGCUGAUUGAUAAGUGUGAGGAUUGAGGGCAAUGGUUAAAAAUAAGUUGCCUCACGCCUCACACUCUUUAAUCUGGCGUUUGGCAGCCCCCCUUUAAAUUGAGCAGAAAAAGUGCUUUCAAUUUACCAAUUCGGUACUGUUGUUCUCACGUCAGUUUCGAAUUUUAUUUUUUGAUCAUUUUUAAAUUUAUGUAGGCUUCCUUUCAUAUCAUUUUUUAACCCUAAAGAAAAACAUGCUAAAGAUUAUCCUACCUGAAUCACAUAAUUAAUUAUGCAGGCUAAAUAAUGAUGGAGCCGCGGGAAAAUAAAUGAUUAACAAUUGUUGUACCUAUUCAUUUAAAAAGAACAAUAAUGUACAAUUAAAUAACUAAAAAACCAUUUAUUGAUCAAAUUUUGAUCUAUUCUGGAUACAAGAUAAAUAAUAAAAGUUGUAUAAAAAUAAAGUGUUAUUAU